AUGGCCGAAGUAAAAGACCCAAUUGACGUCUCGUCAAGUCCCAAGAGGAGCGUGGAUGGCUCUGCGGAGAAAAGCCUCGAUGCGGACGAAAUCCGUCUGGCGCAGAUGGGCCACACACAAGAGCUGAAGCGUCAUUUCAGCACGCUCAGUCUCAUCGGUCUUGCAUCGACAACGACCAUCUCCUGGACGGGCUUGGGUCUCGGACUCAUCACCGAGAUCAACGCCGGUGGGCCCGGCGCGGUUAUCUACGGCUUCAUUCUCGUCACCCUACUCCAAUGCUUUCUCGGCGCGUCGCUCGCCGAGUUCGUGUCUUCGUAUCCGACCGAGGGCGGCAUGUAUCACUGGAUCGCCGCGGUGGCGCCCAGGAGGUUGACGGGUGUCUUGAGCUUCUUCACGGGCUGGUUCAGCGUGCUUGGGUGGAUUUUCACGACUGCCUCAACAAAUCUGAUCUACGCCCAGGUCAUGAUGGCCCUGGUCGCGCUGUACCACGAGGACCUCGAGAUCCAGACCUGGCAGACUUUCAUCGUCUACCAGGGCCUCAACCUCAUCACCGCCGGCAUUGUCAUGUUUGGAAACAAGAUAAUCCCCGGCCUGAACAAGUUCUCGCUCUUCUACUUGCAGAUCGGUUGGUUCGUGGUCAUGGUCACAGUCGCCGCGUGCGCGCCAACCCACCGCAACGCCGAGUUCGUGUUCAAGACUUGGAUCAACAACACGGGCUGGGAGAACCAGGUGAUCUGCUUCAUCACGGGCCUGGUGAACCCGCUGUACAGUCUCGGUGGACUUGACGGCGUUACGCACAUCACCGAGGAGAUGCCCAACCCGUCCAGGAACGCUCCCCUGGCUAUUGCCAUCACCCUCUCCAUUGCCUUUGUUACCGGCAUCACCUAUCUCGUCACUCUCAUGUUCUCCGUACAGGACUUUGACGCCCUGUCGACGACCAACACCGGCCUGCCCCUGGCCGAGCUUUUCCGCCAAGUCACCCAGCGGGCUGGCGGAGCCUUCGGCCUCACUUUCAUUCUCUUCGUUGCCCUCGGGCCUUGCGUCGUUAGCUCCCAGCUGAGCACCGGUCGCGUCUUCUGGGCCUUCUCUCGUGACGGAGCCAUGCCGUUCUCAAGGCUCUGGUCGAGGGUCCACCCCAAGUGGCAGAUCCCCCUGAACUCGCAGAUGGCCGUCACCGCCAUCGUCGCGGCCCUGGGCUGCCUCUACCUCGGCUCUUCGACAGCCUUCAACUCCCUCCUGGGAACCGCCGUGACCAUCAACAACAUCUCGUACAUGUUCCCCAUCGUGACCAACCUGCUCACGAGACGGAAGAACAUGCACCGCGGCGUGUUCCACAUGGGGUCUACCUGGGGUCCCAUCGUCAACGGUAUCACGGUGUGCUGGCUGACUUUUGCCAUUGUAUUCUUCUCGUUUCCCUACGUCAUGCCCGUCGAGCCCGCGAACAUGAACUACACGUGCGUCGUCGUUGGCGGAUUGACCGUUUUGGUGGGCGCGUGGUGGUUCAAGGCUGGUUCGAGCUACAGCGAGAAGAUGCUUCAAGCCAAGGAGGAGUAG